AUGGCACCAGUCACGGCCUCGACCGUCGCUUUGGCCCUCCUUCUGGCGACUCUCACUGCUGCCCACGACCAUGUGCAUCAUGCCAGAGACCACAAAGGACCCGCAAAACGCCAGCUCCCAGACUACCCCACCGGUCCGCAAUAUGAUGUUCCUACCAACAUCGCAGACAUCCACGCGCUUCCCCCAUCCUACAGCGAAAACGUUAUUCCGGGUGCAUUGCAAACAUUUGCACCCGGAACGGCAUCUCCCAUUGACGGCGCGCCUACUCUCCCAUCUCUGGCAACGUUUGAUCCCAAAGUUUAUCCUCCCCUCGACACGAUUCCGCCCACCGACACGGACCAGGUCAAGGAAUGGGUGGACGCCAUUGACUGGUCCACGAUCCCGCAAAUUCCGCCAACUAAUUCCAAGGCGUGCGACGAUCCAAAGAACCAACAAGCACUUGCUGAAGCUGGGCCGAACGGGCGUUGCUGGUGGUCGUGCGGCCAAUGUCUCCGUGACGUUGAUAUCACGACCGAGGAUCAGAUUACCUGCCCCAGGUGUGGCAAAACCAUCUCCAAGUACAAGAACGCUGGUCUCAGCAUUCACCUGGAGUUUUGUGACAAACUGCACCAAACCCGAGUCAGACUCGCGCAGCUCGCCAGCGGUCUACGUGACCAUCCACCCACCCAACCGAUUUACCAACAAUUAGGCAACCUCGUCAACAGCCUUCCAUGGGACUUCGGAAGCGCGCAGAAUGCCUCGACGGUCGACGAUUGGCGAACAUUUCUUGGAUUCAACGAAAUGCAGAUGAAAAAGAUCUUUGUUCAGUUCAAGGUAGUCAUCUUGGAUGCACUCCUCGACGAACAACAGGAAGCGUUCGACGAGAUACCGGACACUAGAAUGUUCAACACAUUUGCACAGGAAAGUGGAUUCACCUUUCCAUGGCUCCCUAUUUACAAAGACCAUGGCUUCAUUAUCGACGGACUCAGACACGUCCACACCAAGACCACUAAACAGCUGAAUCGCUACGGGGACAAACAGGAACGUCGCCUGACUGAGGAGCUUAUUGCGGCGACCAAUGACAUCACUUUCUUGCGCAUAUUCAACGAUCUGGACGCAGCCGGAAUCACCGGAUAUCCCAAGUCGUUCGAACUUGAACACGUUUCGGUUGCCAAGGGCUCUCCACUGGCCCAAGUCACGAAGAAAAAAGGCAAGAGAUUCGGCAAAGCAGACUAUGAACGUAUCCGCCAGGUGUUUGAAACCGCCGCCGUCCAUCCCGCUCUCCAUUCGGAGAGGCUAGACAUCGAACAGCGCGGCCACCUGUGGCGCCACCGUUACUCGCAAGCAGAUACAAGGCCGUCAAAAGGUUCCCUGCCAGAUAGAGCUCAGUUGGAUGAAUCUUCGGUUACAGUCUUGACUACUGAAGCGGGCUCCAUCUACCGCACCUUUUUGCAUUCAAAACUGUGCUUGGCAGAACAAGACCCAGAAGAACUCCUCACAUACGCCCUCGAGAUUGUCAAAUGCGCACCUUUCCUCUUGAUGUAUGAAAAUCUCUGGUUCCUUGAACGACUUACUGUCGAACGCGUGGCAUCAAAUGCGCAAAGCAAUGAUCACAGGCGCAAGACUAAGGCCAACGGAUACAUCAUUGAAGAAUCAACGCGAACCAAGCUUCAGCGUCUGAGUGACAAUGUUAUCAAUUAUUUUGAUGAUAAAAUACAGGGCGAGCAACCUACCGCUGCGUCGAGUUCAGCCAAUCUCAACUCUGGCGAUAGAAUCCCAUUGGUAUCGGAAGACACACAGGUCUAG